AUGGUAAAUGUUGAUUGGAUCGAGAUUCGGUGGAUAACCGGGUGGGUCGGUCGAGAAGGAGCAAUGGCUGAUAGGUGCAGUUUGAAGGAGCGUUUGCAAGAAAGUACAGAAGAUAUGGAAGCUACCAUUAAAAUGAUAGCUGCAUGUAUUCUCGAUAAAGAUCGAAGUUGUGGAUCGCUUACAUCGCUUUGUGAGUCGUUCCGCAAGAAACAUAAUGAAAUAACAAAAUUACUUACCGAAGUGCCUGCUUACCAACGAAGAGAGCGAGAGAUCCGAAGACUGGAAGCAGAAGUUGAAGCACGAGAUAAAGUUCUUGGAGAUUUGCAAAAGCAGUUGAUGGUUGCUGAGAAGCUCAUAACUAAAAUGGUUUUUCAGGCUGAUAAAAAGGUGAAAGAAAUGCGUCAAUCAGAAGCAAACAGGGUGAACAGUGAAACGGUUAUUCGUUUCGCUAAUCAAAUUAGUAGAACAUAUGCUGUGGCAGCGCCACUUGGUUGGCAGUUAGGCGAUACAUCUCGUCCGUAUCCUACAGAGGCAGAAUUACGUUUAUCGGCAUUAGCAGCACCACGUGUAAUAGUACAGGCAGCUCCCCCAACAUUAUCUUUGCUUCGUCAACCUACUGCCAGUACUAGUGGAAUGUUACGUGGUAGCGGACGUGGUACUUCACCGAUGACGUCGUAUUCGGCAGCUAUGCAACAGCAACAAAGGCAUUAUCAUUUAAUCUUCUUCCUUUAGUCAUGGAGUCCGCGUGGCGCAUUCGUUCAACAAUCAUCUUCACCUCGAGGUAGAAGUGCAGCUGGUCGCGGUAGCAUCAUAUCGCCGCGCCUUAGCACCGCACCGGGUGCAAGCCUAUUGCAGCGACGUCCAUCUAUGACGGGAAGUAGUCCGCAUUUAUCUAGCCCAUCAUCAUCCUAUCAAAAUACCAUAAGAGGAGGACUUCCACCGCCAGUGACAAAUGUUGAACAGAUGAGCUCUGACUCAAGCAGUAGUUCGAGCAGCGACGAGGGUAGCCCAUCUUAG